AUGUCCACGGCUUCUCUUCCCGCCUCCGUUGAGGCUCUCUCGCUCCAAUCGACGGCGCAGACAUCUCAGUUCCCAGGAUGCUUCCCGACACUGAACCCGAUGGAUAUUUACCGCGAGCAUAUCGCGGAGGAGUUGGGCAAAGCUGCCGGUAUCGAUGCUCAGAAGAUCUACCCGCGCAUUGUCUGGACCAGUACUUUGGACAAGGGUGACCUUUCAUUGCCGGUGGCUUCGCUUCAAAUUAAGCAAAAUCCCGUGGAGCUUGCCAAGGAUCUUGUCUCCAAGUUUCCCGCCUCCGACCUUAUUCACCCCCCGACUCAGCUUGGUGCUCAUAUUCAGUUCUUCUGCAAACGCCAGCCAUUGACCAGCAAUGUCCUUGGCCGUAUCCUGAAGGAGAAGGCCGCCUAUGGAACAAACGGCAACCAGGGUCAAAAGGACCCCUCCGACCCCUCCAAGGGCCAGAAGAAGAUCAUUAUCGAGUUCUCGUCGCCCAACAUCGCCAAGCCCUUCCACGCUGGUCAUCUCCGAAGUACCAUCAUCGGUGGUUUCCUCGCCAAUAUCUACACUGUCAUGGGAUGGAAUGUCAUCAAGAUGAACUACCUCGGUGACUGGGGCAAGCAGUAUGGUCUGCUGGCCAACGGCUUCAAGGACUACGGCAAUGAGGAAGCUCUUAUCAGGGAUCCCAUCAACCACUUGUUCGAUGUCUAUGUCAAGGUCAACCGUCAGGUCAGUGAACAGGAUGGACCUAUCAAGGAACUGAAGGAACAGAUCAAGACCAAGAAGGAGAAGAACGAGGAUGUUGCUGAGCUCGAAGCACAGCUUGCCAAGCUUGUGGACGUGAGCGAGGACGAGAAGGCCCGUCGCUACUUCAAGAGCAUGGAGGACGGCGAUCCGGAGGCUCUUGCCCUCUGGCGCAAGUUCCGUGAUCUCAGUAUUGAGAAGUACAAGCAGACCUAUGCCCGUCUCAACAUUGACUUUGAUGUUUACUCCGGUGAAUCUCAAAUCAAGUCCGAGAGCAUGAGCGAUGCCUACAAGCGUAUGGAGGAGGCAGGUGUCUCAGAGAAGUCCGAGGGUGCGGUUAUUGUGGAUUUCACCAAGCACGGUGCCAAGAAGCUGGGCAAGGCUAUCAUCAUCCGCAAGGAUGGCACUCCUCUCUACCUGACCCGCGAUAUCGGUGCCAUCACUGAGCGUGAUAAUGAGUACCACUUCGACAAGAUGAUCUACGUUGUUGCCGCUCAGCAGGAUCUCCACCUAGCUCAGCUCUUCAAGGUCACUGAACUUAUGGGCCACAAGGACUUGGCCUCCCGUUGCCAGCACAUCAACUUUGGUAUGGUCCGUGGUAUGAGUACUCGUAAGGGUACCGUCAAGUUCUUGGAUGACAUCUUGCGUGACGUUGGUGACAAGAUGCACGAAGUCAUGAAGAAGAACGAAGUCAAGUAUUCACAGGUCGAGGAUCCCGAGAAGACUGCCGAUAUUCUGGGUAUCACAUCCGUUAUGGUGCAAGACAUGACUGGCAAGCGCGUUAACGGCUACGACUUCAACUUGGAUGCCAUGACCUCCUUUGAGGGUGACACCGGCCCGUACCUGCAGUACGCUCACGCUCGCCUGUGCUCCAUGGCCCGCAAGUCUGAGUUGAAUGUUGACGAGCUGGUCAAUGCCAACUUCGAUCUUUUGACCGAGCAGCAUGCUGUCGACCUGGCCCGCCUGCUGGCGCAAUGGCCCGAUGUACUCCUGCAAACCGCCAAGACUCUUGAGCCCAUCACUGUUCUCAGCUAUCUGUUCCGCAUGACACACAUGUUGAGCUCUAGCUACGAUGUGCUCAAGGUGAUUGGUAGCGAGCCCGAUGUCAAGCAGGCACGUAUGGCCCUGUAUGCGUCGGCCCGCCAAGUGCUCAACAACGGCAUGCGGGUUCUUGGUCUGAGCCCUGUUGAGCGGUUAGUUUUCCCCACCCUUGCUGAAAAAGCAAUUAUUGACUCCUCGUUUCCAGGAUGCGAGCUCGUUGCCUUAAUGGGCCCAUCAGGCUGUGGCAAAACCACACUCCUGAACGUACUUGCUCGACGUGCAGCGUCAGCUGGUGCAAAGGUUCUCGGGGAGACCUAUGUAAAUGAUGCUGAAGUAGACUCACGCACUUUCCAGCGAGUGACCUCGUACGUCGAGCAGGAAGAUGUGUUGAUCGGGUCGUUAACGGUGCAUGAGACACUGAAGUUCGCGGCGGAUCUUUCGUUGCCGAGCUCUGUAUCGAAACGCCAGCGCAUGGAUCGAAUCCGGACACUUUUGGAGGCAUUUGGUAUCCAGAACCAGGCGAACACGUUGGUUGGCACCCCGAUCCGGAAGGGCAUCAGUGGUGGUCAGAAGCGACGUGUGAGCGUGGCUAGCCAGCUCAUCACUAAUCCAAGAAUUUUGUUCUUGGAUGAACCUACAAGCGGUCUGGACUCGACCGCCAGUUUUGAGGUUAUGUCAUAUGCAAAGCAGCUCGCGCAGGCCAAUAAUCUUCUAAUCAUUGCAAGUAUCCAUCAACCAUCGACCACCACGUUUCAACUCUUCGAUAAGCUGUUACUCCUUUCGGCAGGAAAAACAUGCUAUUUCGGUGCAAUCUCAGCUUUGGAGAGCUACUUCAGCGGCAUUGGCUAUCCGAUUCCAGCGAAUACCAACCCUGCUGAAUUUCUCUUGGAGACUGUGAGUUCCGAUUUUGACAAUUCGAAGGGCUCGGCGGAGGAGCGACUCGAGGCCAUACAGACUGCCUGGGCAAACUCGAAUGAGGCAAAAUCAGGAUCAAGAAAAGUGUCUGAGCGUGUACGUUCGGCAGAGAAGCCUGUCAACGAAGACUCCAUGACAGGCACGGAUCGAGCGGGAACGGCUUCUAUUACUGUGGCUCUGCUGCAUCGCUCAUUUGUGAAGUCUUACCGCGAUGUCAUUGCUUACGGAAUCCGGAUCGUGAUGUAUCUUGGAUUGGCGAUCAUGAUGGGUACAGUGUGGCUACGCCUUCAUCCAUCCCAAGAGUCUAUACAGCCAUUGAUCAACGGCAUUUUCUUUGGCUCCGCGUUCAUGUCUUUCAUGGCGGUAGCAUACGUCCCCGCGUUUCUCGAAGACCGGGCAAUCUUUUCCAAAGAGCGAGCCAACGGACUGUAUGGUGUGACACCGUUCAUGAUCUCAAACUUCAUCAUUGGUCUUCCCUACCUCUUCUUGAUAUCUCUCCUCUUCUCAAUUGUCUCAUACUGGCUUUCCAAUUUCCAACCAACAGCUGAAGCCUUCUUCACCUGGGUGAUGUGGAUAUUCCUUGACCUUGUGGCGGCCGAAUCCCUAGUGGUUCUCGUGACAUCGGUAUUCCCAAACUUUGUGAUUGCCUUGGCGCUUGUCGCAUUCGCAAAUGGACUUUGGAUGAGUGUCGGAGGGUUUAUGGUCACGCAGACAAUCCUCAAUCCGUUUUGGAAAUAUGUGUUUCACUACAUCGAUUACCAGGCUUAUGUCUUCCAGGGUAUGAUGGUUAAUGAGUUCUCCAAGCGGACUUACUCGUGUGGCGCCGGUUGUCGGUGCAUGUGGUCUACUGAUCUGGAGGAUCAGUGCCUCAUUCGGGGCACUGGGGUUCUAGAAUCGUAUGGUUACUCCACUGGUCUGACGGGGAAGUGGGUUGGAAUUCUUCUGGGCAUCAUUGCGGGAUAUCGAAUCCUUGGAUGGAUUGCUCUCUACCUGCGCAGGAACUAG